CGCCAGUCGCCACCUCCAUUCUCCCCUAAUCCCAAAGCAACUUUCGAUCUCCAAUGGCGGGCAACACUUCAAUAAUGGAAUCCAAGCCCUUACACCCACUUCACCAAAUCGCAGAAACCCCAACUCACAAGUUGCUUCUCAAACAAUGGCUCAAAGAAGAAGAACUCAUCCUCAACAGAAUCGCUACCAAAGAAACCCAAAUUGACUCGGUCCGCAAUGAAAUCACUCAGCUCUACUGCAUUUUCUUCCUGUUCCAUUCGAUUUCGCUUAUGCUUUUAUUCAGUGCUUCCUCCAAAUGGGCUUCGAAAACCGGGCUUUGCCACCGUUCAUGGAUCCCGUCAAUCUGUUCUCUCCUCUGCUCUAUGGGUAUCAUUUGGGCUGUUAGGUACAAGACGGAUACGGAGAGUCACUUAGAGAAACUGUUGGAGAGAGAGAAAGAGGAUGGGAAAUUACUGGCUAAGUGUGUGGAGGAGUUGAAGAGAAAAGGGAUGGAAUUUGAUUUGUUGAAGGAAGUUGAUGCUCUUAGGAGGGCUAAGAGUUUGAGGGUUGAAGCUAAGGUGGUUCGAAAAUGGUCUGCUAGAGACUUUGUGUCACUGUUUUUCUUCUCUGUUACUUGUCUGGUACUCGCUUUAACCAGGACCAUUUUGUGUGGUUGAUACUUACAAGGUUUGAAUGGCUGUUAUGCUCUUCUGUAAUCAUUUAGUAGAAGGAAAUUAAUUGUGGGGAAGUUGCAGAAUAUACUGUUCUGCUUUUUGUAUUUUUGAUUC